AUGCCAGAUCGUCCUCACCAUUCUGCCUCUUUGACCCAGAUCGUGGUAUGGGACCAGGAGGGCUUCCAGGGCCGUCGGCAUGAGUUCACAGCUGAGUGCCCCAGUGUUCUGGAGAUUGGCUUCGAGACGGUCCGAUCCAUCAAAGUCCAGAGCGGAGCGUGGGUGGGCUUUGAACAUGCUGGCUUCCAGGGGCAGCAGUUCGUCCUGGAGCGGGGCGAGUACCCCAGCUGGGAAGCCUGGAGUGGCAACGUAGCCUACCACGUGGAGAGGCUGACCUCCUUCCGGCCUGUGGCCUGUGCGAACCACCGAGACUCCAGAAUGACCAUCUUUGAGCAGGAAAACUUUCUGGGAAGGAAGGGAGAGCUGAGUGAUGACUACCCCUCCCUGCAAGCCAUGGGCUGGGACAACAAUGAAGUGGGCUCCUUCCGAGUCCAUUGUGGGGCCUGGGUUUGCUCCCAGUUCCCAGGCUACCGGGGCUACCAGUAUGUUCUGGAAUGUGAUCACCACUCGGGAGACUACAAACAUUUUCGGGAAUGGGGGUCCCACGCUCAAACCUUCCAGAUUCAGUCUAUCCGCAGAAUCCAGCAGUGAGAGUCUCGGCUCCCUUGUGGAACAUCUGGCCCAGGCCUCCGAGAAUAAAUGUUUGUUCAACCUCAUCCUUUUGUUUCUUCAUUCAACUCUUUCCAUGUUGUGCCCAUAUCCUCCCUGCCACUUUAAGC